GAGAAGCUGUCGAACAGUUGAUGAGGAAAAAUGAUCUGCUAGUUCUUUGCUGCAAAUUCUUGGGCAUAAUACACAGCGUUGAAUGCAAUGCGGGCGAAUAAGAAGUGGCUGUCAGAUAUGUGUGCAGCGAUGAAUCACGAUCGUCGAUGCUCUCCCCAUUUCGCUCCUCUGUGGGCCUUCCCUUCCAUGGAUCAAUUCUUGUUUUUCGAAGAUCGCAGUUGCCUUGCAGAUGUCAUUUGUGGCGUAUUUCGCGGUCGAUCGGCCAUGUCAUUGUCUUUUGUGUUGUCACCAAUAGACCACAGACGCCAUCAGAUCAUGUACCUUUAGGUUGGAGCUUUAUGAGGUCUUUUGCUAACUGUGAAAACCUUGCCUUGAUACCCUUUUAUUAUGAAAUACCGGGCUACCGAAGUCAAUAGAAGAAAUAACUCAGGAGAUGACCGCCCCUGAUGCAAAUGUAUCGUUUGAGAAAAGGACUAGGAAAACUGUGCUUACUAUUUGAGUGAAGGCUGCACAACUUACUCCGAGAUGAGAUGCGUCAUUUGACUGUGGCAUGUCAGUCAUGCUGAGAAAUGGUAGACACUAAGAUGGUGACAUUUCGAGUGCGGGGAUUCUGAAU